CAUUUAUAAGUUGUUCGUUACUUGGACAACACUUCUAGUGAUUUUCAUUCUUUCGCGUUAGUUAAACUUAACAAGUUCAUGUGAUAAAGUGAAUUAAAUACUUUCAACGAAAUGCCACCGAAACCAAAGAAGGAAAAUUUGGAUGAUUUAAAGCAAGAACUUAAUGUGGACUUUCAUAAAAUUAAGAUUAAGGACUUGUAUAAAAGAUAUGAAACUCAUCCCGAAAAUGGUUUGACACAUGCGAAAGCAAAACAAAAUUUAGCUCGAGAUGGACCUAACGCCUUAACACCACCAAAGCAAACUCCCGAAUGGGUGAAAUUUUGUAAAAAUCUCUUCGGUGGUUUUGCACUUUUACUUUGGAUUGGAGCGAUUUUGUGUUUUGUUGCUUACGGUAUCCAAGCAAGUACAGUUGAAGAGCCAGCAGAUGAUAAUUUGUAUUUGGGUAUUGUCCUUUCUGCUGUCGUUAUUGUCACAGGAGUAUUUUCUUAUUAUCAGGAAUCGAGAAGUUCAAAAAUCAUGGAAUCAUUCAAGAACAUGGUGCCACAAUUUGCAACAGUGAUUCGUGAAGGUGAAAAGAUUACUUUACGAGCUGAAGAACUCGUGAUAGGCGAUAUUGUUGAAGUGAAGUUUGGUGAUCGCAUUCCGGCUGAUAUUAGAAUAAUCGAAUCUAGAAGUUUUAAGGUCGAUAACUCAUCGUUGACAGGCGAAUCAGAGCCACAAUCACGUGGACCUGACUUUUCAAAUGAAAAUCCACUCGAGACGAGGAAUUUAGCAUUCUUUUCAACUAAUGCAGUAGAAGGUACAGCUAAAGGUGUUGUUGUGUCAUGUGGUGAUCAUACAGUCAUGGGACGUAUUGCUGGUUUGGCUUCGGGAUUGACAUCUGGUGACACGCCAAUUGCCAAAGAAAUUCAACAUUUCAUUCAUAUCAUUACUGGCGUGGCAGUGUUUUUGGGAAUAACUUUCUUUAUAAUUGCAAUUUCACUCGAUUAUCAUUGGUUGGACGCUGUUAUCUUUCUUAUCGGAAUAAUUGUUGCCAAUGUGCCUGAAGGUUUAUUAGCUACAGUUACAGUUUGUUUGACUUUAACUGCAAAACGUAUGGCAUCAAAGAAUUGUUUAGUGAAGAACUUAGAAGCCGUCGAGACACUCGGAUCAACGUCAACAAUUUGUUCAGAUAAGACAGGAACUCUAACACAAAAUCGAAUGACUGUAGCGCAUAUGUGGUUUGAUAAUAACAUCAUUGAAACUGAUACAACAGAAGAUCAAUCUGGCUUUCAAUAUGAUCAUUCAAGUGUAAGUUUCAAAGCAUUGUCGCGUAUUGCGACUUUAUGUAAUCGUGCUGAGUUUAAAAGUGGACAAGAAAGAAUUUCAGUUAUGAAACGUGAAGUUAUGGGAGAUGCUUCUGAAGCUGCACUUUUAAAAUGUAUGGAAUUGGCACUCGGUGACGUGAUGAAAAUUCGAAGUCGUAAUAAGAAAGUCUGCGAAAUUCCAUUCAAUUCUACAAAUAAAUUUCAAGUUUCAAUUCAUGAAACUGAAGAAUUGAAAGAUCCUCGUUACUUGUUGGUAAUGAAAGGCGCACCAGAAAGAAUACUUGAACGUUGUAGUACAAUUAUAAUGCAAGGUGUAGAAAUUCCAUUGGAUGACGCAAUGAAAGAUGCAUUUAACGAUGCUUACCUUGAACUUGGUGGACUUGGUGAACGUGUCUUAGGAUUCUGUGACUUUAUGCUUCCAUCUGACAAAUUUCCAAUUGGAUAUGAAUUUAAUCCAGACGAUCCUAACUUCCCAUUAGAUAAACUUCGAUUUGUUGGUUUGAUUUCAAUGAUUGAUCCACCUCGUGCAGCUGUUCCUGAUGCUGUUGCCAAGUGUCGUUCAGCUGGUAUCAAAGUUAUUAUGGUUACUGGUGAUCAUCCUAUAACAGCAAAAGCAAUCGCAAAAUCUGUUGGAAUUAUUUCAGAAGGAAAUGAAACAAUUGAUGAUAUUGCACAAAGAUUAAAUAUUCCAGUAUCAGAAGUAAAUCCACGUAGAGCGAAAGCUGCUGUUGUUCAUGGAGGUGAAUUGAGAGAAUUAUCUCAAGAUCAACUUGAUGAGCUUCUGCGUAAUCAUAGGGAAAUUGUCUUUGCAAGAACUUCACCACAACAAAAGUUAAUUAUUGUUGAAGGAUGUCAACGAUUAGGAGCGAUUGUUGCUGUGACCGGUGAUGGUGUGAACGAUUCUCCAGCGCUAAAGAAAGCUGACAUUGGUGUUGCUAUGGGAAUUGCUGGUUCUGAUGUUUCUAAACAAGCAGCUGACAUGAUUCUCUUAGAUGAUAAUUUCUCUUCAAUCGUGACUGGCGUUGAAGAAGGCCGCUUGAUUUUCGAUAACUUAAAAAAAUCAAUCGCUUAUACACUCACAUCAAACAUUCCUGAGAUCUCACCGUUCUUGGCCUUCAUCAUCUGUGACAUUCCUUUGCCUUUGGGUACCGUCACGAUUUUGUGUAUCGAUCUUGGAACUGAUAUGGUUCCAGCCAUCUCAUUAGCUUAUGAAGCAGCAGAAUCUGACAUCAUGAAGAGACAACCAAGAAAUCCCUACAAUGAUAAAUUAGUGAAUGAAAGAUUGAUUUCAAUGGCCUAUGGACAAAUUGGAAUGAUUCAAGCAGCAGCAGGUUUUUUUGUUUACUUCGUCAUCAUGGCAGAGAAUGGAUUUUUACCGAAGAAAUUGUUUGGCAUUCGGAAGCAAUGGGACUCUAAAGCAAUCAACGAUUUAGAAGAUUCUUAUGGACAAGAAUGGACUUUUAAAGAUCGAAAGACGUUAGAGUACACAUGUCAUACAGCUUUCUUCAUAUCAAUUGUCAUUGUUCAAUGGGCUGAUCUUAUUAUUUGCAAAACUCGUCGCAAUUCUAUUUUUCAACAAGGAAUGAAAAAUUGGGCACUGAAUUUUGGUCUUAUUUUUGAAACUAUUUUAGCAGCUUUUCUGUCAUAUACUCCUGGAAUGGAUAAAGGUCUUCGAAUGUAUCCAUUAAAAUUUGUUUGGUGGCUUCCAGCAAUUCCUUUCAGUGCUUCAAUUUUCAUUUACGAUGAAUCUCGUCGAUUCAUUUUGAGAUGCAAUCCAGGCGGAUGGUUGGAGAGAGAAACGUACUAUUAAAAUGACGAAGAUAUUUAAUUUUAGAAGUUUGAAUACAAAAUUAGUCAUUGCGAUAUCAACAUGAAUAAAUUUAUAAGUUUGAAAAGAAUGAAGAUUGAUUUCUUGCUGUUUAAUUUCAUUAAAAAUUACUUGAUAACGUAGAUUGCAAUGCUUAAAUAUAAAACGUGUUUUCAAAUUGACUUUAUCAUGAAGAAAUUUAACAAAACUUAAUCUUGUUGAAUUCUGAUGAAUACAUAAUUCAAGACAUAACGAAUAGCAUAGCUACAAAAAUGUUAAAAUAUUUUUCAAUUAAUGCCUUAGAUAAUAAAAAGAUAGAAUAAUCAUCAUUUUU